AUGGUAUCAUUGGAAUAUUAUAGUAGAAAUGUAUAUGAACAUAUCUUGAAAUUCUUCAAAAAAUUAAAACAUUUGAGUUUUAUUGAAACAUUCAAUCGUUUCUAUCCACCUUUAUCACUAUGUCAUUCACCAUCAACUAUUUUUUUCUCUUCAACUCUUACUCAUUUAUGUAUCAAAGUAUGCACAUUAGAUGAUUGUCUUUAUUUACUUGAUGGUCGACUUAAACAAUUAACUACAUUAAUUAUUCGAAUAUGUGACAUAAACAAGUCUUCAUCAAUCAUUCACAAUAUGGAUGAUUUACCUAAUUUGAAAUGUUUUUCAUUGAAAUGUUAUCGUAAAAUUAAUAAAUAUGAUGAGAAAAUUCUACCUCUUCUUCAUCGAAUGAUAUAUCUGGAAAAAUUAACUUUAUAUCUUCUUAUACAAAAUCGAGGUAGAUUUAUCGAUAAUUCUCAUUUUCAAAAUGAAAUUCUUCUUUAUAUGCCACGUCUUCAUUCAUUUACUUUUUAUAUUAGUACUCAUGAUGAUACUGAUGAUUUAUUUCGUUAUGUACCUAAUCAAGAUAUUCAACGAAUUGCUAUAAAUAAUGGACAUCAACAAUGUAUGGCUAAUAUCAUAAAAUACAAUAGUAGUUGUCAAGCUGUAUGUUCUAUCUUCUCACUUCCUUUUGUAUUUGAUUAUCUUCAAGAUAUUGGUAACAUAUUUCCAGAUACUGUAUUCAAAUAUGUUACGAUAUUGUGGGUAGUAGAUGUAAUGCCAUUCAAUCAUGAAUUCUUUAUUCGGAUUUCUCGAUCUUUUCCAUCACUGGAUCAACUUCAUGUUACAAGUUCUAAAUUACAGUUGUCGUGUAAUAUGAACGCAUUUUCAUCUGACGAUAGUCAAUCAUAUUCAAUCGCCAAAUAUCCUCAUCUUACUUUACUUGACGUGAUAAAAGCAAAUAUUGACAAUGUUGAAGAAUUUCUAAAUGAAACAAAAGCGUAUGUACCAUGUCUAACUACAUUAAUAAUUGAUUGUAAUGAUUUGAAAAUUGUCACAAAAAACUUUACAAGAGAAGAAACACGACGCAAUUGUACGAAGAUAAAUAAAAUUAUGUCCAACAUGUUGCUACCGAAGAAAGAUUUGUAUUAUUACUUUCCUUCGUUGUAA